AUGCUCUCAGUCUCUACCCUCUGUGCUUUACUCGUUGUUCAUACAACGCUAGCUGACCCAACUGAUUUUGUGCAUCCCGAUUAUGUUCUCCAACAUAUUCACGACUCCUCUACGGAUUCUGCAAAGGCGAGUAUCACGCGUAACGCUCAAGCCGCAGCUAAGAGUGGUCCUUAUAGCAUUGUCAAUUCCAAUGGCGUGACCGCUCCUAGCGGCGACAAGCAUGAUUAUUUAAGCUGGGCUCCCUAUCAUUGGCCAGAAUGUGAUUGGUGUAGCACCGGACGUACCCAUCUCGUACAUUCUGGAGAUGGGGGCAACGAGACCAAUACUGGGCCCGAUGAUCCACCCCCAGACCAAGAUCCUGGCCCGGGCGAGGACACUGGCGAUGAUAACGACUACGACGACGCAAGUUAUGCGGAAGCGCGUUCUCUUCAUGUCGACAGCAUUUUGGAACUUGCUUCCCGACACAAUCGUCUCCUUCGUAUACGUAGAACAGCGCCUAAAGAAGAAUCCUCUAGCUCAAGUGUACCCCGUGCUACAGAUUCAGUCCUAGAUGUGUUACCUCUUCCUCAAGCACCGUUCGGUACACUAUCUUCUAUACCCACUGCUGGUCUUUCUACUGGUUCUUUACCUACUCCUACUUCGCAUACUACUAGUCAGCAUAUCGCUGGAUCAUCAACUGCUCCCCAAGCCGCUGUUCAAACCAACAAGUCUUCCAAAAGCGCCUGUACACCCUCUCCAACAAAGUCCAUACCGCCCUCUGCCACUUGGACAACAUGUCCUUACGUGGCUCGCGACGGUCAAGUAAAUCCUGACGUACGUACGCUGGCUGGUGCUGGUGCUAUUAACGAUGCUUCCGAUGGGUUUUUGAGCAAUGUCCUGGCAUCCUUGAUUUCUGGAAAUCGUCAAUAUAUCAAGGCAGCAAUUAACAUCCUCAAUGCUUUCUUCCUGGAUCAAGAUACAAGAAUGAACCCGAACAUGGAUUUUGGGCAAGUGAUACGUGGGCCCGGCAACGACGUUGGUACCUUCACUGGUCCACUGGAUAUGAGGGGUUUGGUCAAAGUGAUAAACGCGAUCAUGAUCUUGAAAAGGUCGAACAGCACAGAAUGGACUCCGGAACUCGACCAGCAGAUGCAGGCUUGGAUGAGUCACUACCUUGACUGGUUGAAAAACAGUGAGAUCGGCAAGAAAGCUCGUUCUAGACCCAACAACCAUGGUACCUUCUACUAUAUGUCAAUGUCCGCGUUAUCCAUCGCUCUCAACAAGCCUCAAGAUGCUGUGAAUGCAAUGGAAGAAUUUUUCGGAACUACGUUCCAAGAACAGAUUGCAAAGUCCGGUGAGCAGCCAUUUGAGAGUGUACGUACGCGCCCACUACAUUAUCGCUGUUUCAAUCUGGAGGGUUUAAUUGUUUUGGCGAAGAUUGGAGACUAUCUUGGUAAGAACUACUGGAAUACAAAAACUAAAUACGGCGCGACGAUCAAAACCGCCAUUGAUUUUACAAUGGGUGUCAAACCAGGAAACGAGAAUAUAGAGGAACUGGUUCCACAUGUUGCUGCCGCCAUGGCCGCGUACGGCCCUUCUCAAGCCUAUACUAACUUUUUAAGCAAAGAAAGUGCACAGAAUCAACCCUUUUGGUUUUAUGAUCAACCUGCUGCGUUGCUACAUGCACCGGCAUCCAAGGCUGGGUCCUCCAAGAGAUCGACGGUAGUAUGGGGACGAGAUGACGACGAAGUUACUGGCCCGGUAGACCCAGCGUGUCCGCCUAUUUUCCAAGAACAUAAGAGGGUGGAAAUCGAUGACGGGAUUUUUGUCACCUGUCAGGAACUAUUACCACUGUAUUUGGGGCGCACAGACGGUGCAGUGGAUAUGUAG